ACAUCUGUUGUCCUUGACUUUUGACAAUUAUAAAUGUCAAAAUUAAAAGUGAAAAUUUGUAUACCUGAAAAUAAAUAUUGCGAAUGAUGAAAAUAUGGAGUGUGAAAAUGAAGUUUAUUCAGAAUGCAAAAUGUUAAAAGAAAAAAAAGAAAGAGAAGAGUAUUUGGAAAAAUUGAAAAAAUGGUUGGAUGAAGCUAGGUUAUGGCGCUACAAUAUUUAUUCUGGUUUCCAAUGGAAUUUUGACGAAAAUUUUAGAGAAAACUCAAGUCAAACUUCUAAUACAUUUUUUUCUAAUGCUAAUCAAGACAACCUUCAAUAUGCACUACAACAGAGACUUCUAUUUUUGGCAAAUAGGAAUUAUCAAAACACAUUAUUUCAAACAGGUCAAGCUCCUCAAAGGCACCAAAUUCCACAAACUUAUGAAUUCAUUAUACCACCCCUAUGGAAGAGAGCUGUUGCAGAGUUAUUGGAUUUUUUACUGUUAUUAUUAGUUAAAGUUGCAUUGACUUUUAUUCUUUUGGAAAGUUUUGAUGUCAUAGAUAUGGGUUUUUAUGGAUUAGAAUUAUUCCAAAAAAAUUUGGAAAACUCUGAGGGUUCUGUACCUAUGGCAGUUGAAUUACUUACUCUAGAACUGUUGCAUCGUGUCAUAGUUUGUGUAUAUGAGGCAUAUUUUCUGAAAGGAAGAUUAUGCGCCACACCAGGGAAAAGGUACAUGGGCCUAAUGGUGAUAACAGCAGAAACAAUCACUUCUGUGCCAACUAGACCAACAGAAACAGUAUCAGUGACCAGAGCGAAACCUUUAGGAUGGCGGCAAUCUUUCACCCGUGCUACCUUAAAAAACCUCUUCGUAGGUCUUUUCCUACCAUUGUGUAUCGCAUUUUAUAUAUUCCCCCAUAACCGUACCAGUUACGAUGUUAUGUCCAAAAGUUUGGUUGUGGAGUACCAUCAGGAAUUUAUGGUCUAUCAUUCCAAUAUGUAAUUGAUUAAAAGAUAUUUAUAUACUGGCCAAGAAAUAAAUGUGAUAUUGUU